AUGGACAUAUUUGUAAUCAUACGAUUCGAACGUUUUGCGCAUGUAAAUUAUGUCUUCGUUAAAAACAGGACCUGCCUAGGAAGAGAAUGAACGGGUCGACAGGUAAAGGUGCAAGACUUUGUCUCGCGCGCCAUCAUGCGUUCAAAACCACCGCUUAACAGAGAUAAUUAUCUAGCGAACCAUCUCGUGCAGAGAAGUGUUGCCUUCCAUAGUAGAGAAGAUGAUACAAUUAUUUGCAGACUGUCGUCCUACGCGGGAAAGGAACCAACUUUUCAUUGGCCGUGUCUCGCAGCUGUUCACCGCUUGCGAUAACGUGGGCGACGCGGUCUCACUCAACGAAAACUUUAUAUUUUCGAAAGGUGA